GUCUUGAGGUCCGCGCGCGCGGCGCGGCCAGACGCGGCGGGCGUGGCGGAGGAUGGAGGCGGUAGAGUCCAACGCAGCGGUCGGGGCUGCGCGUGAGAAGGUGGCGGUGUAGGCACACGGGCUACGUGGAGGCCGGCGGUGGUGGCCGGGCCAUGGCGGGAGACCGUUUUCGUUGGGCUCCCUGAGGUGCGCUCCCUGAAGUCUCGGCGAGCCGUGACCCAUGGGCUCGCUGAGCAGCCGAGUGCUGCGCCACCCGGGGCGAGCCCGAGCCCAGCAGGAGCCGGGUUCUGGGGCUGGGGGCUCGGCCCGGAGGCCGGAGAGUGGUGGCGACGCGGCCGCCCACGGCUUCUGUUACUGUCCGGGCAGCCGUAAGCGCAAGCGGAGCAGCGGGGCCUUCUGCUACUGUCACCCCGAUUCCGAGACAGACGAGGAUGAGGAGGAAGGGGACGAGCAGCAGCGACUCCUCAACACCCCUCGAAGGAAAAAAUUGAAGAGUACAUCCAAAUAUAUUUAUCAAACAUUAUUUUUAAAUGGUGAAAACAGUGACAUUAAGAUUUGUGCUCUAGGAGAAGAGUGGAGCUUACACAAAAUAUAUUUAUGUCAAUCUGGCUACUUUUCUAGUAUGUUCAGUGGUUCAUGGAAGGAGUCCAGCAUGAAUAUUAUUGAACUGGAGAUUCCAGACCAGAAUAUUGAUAUAGAAGCACUGCAGGUGGCAUUUGGGUCAUUGUAUCGAGAUGAUGUCUUAAUAAAGCCCAGUCGAGUUAUUGCCAUUUUGGCAGCAGCUUGUAUGCUGCAGUUGGAUGGUUUAAUACAGCAGUGUGGUGAGACAAUGAAGGAAACAAUUAAUGUGAAAACCGUAUGUGGCUAUUACACAUCAGCAGGGACCUAUGGACUGGAUUCUGUAAAGAAAAAGUGCCUUGAAUGGCUUCUAAACAAUCUGAUGACUCACCAGAAUGUUGAACUUUUUAAAGAACUCAGUAUAAAUGUCAUGAAACAACUCAUUGGUUCAUCUAACUUAUUUGUGAUGCAAGUGGAGAUGGAUGUAUACACAGCCCUUAAAAAGUGGAUGUUCCUUCAACUUGUGCCUUCUUGGAAUGGAUCUUUAAAACAGCUUUUGACUGAAACAGAUGUCUGGUUUUCUAAGAGGAGAACAGAUUUUGAAGGUAUGACCUUCCUUGAAACUGAGCAAGGAAAACCAUUUGUGUCAGUAUUCAGACAUUUAAGGUUACAGUAUAUUAUCAGUGAUUUGGCCUCUGCGAGAAUUAUCGAACAAGAUUCUCUAGUACCUUCAGAAUGGCUAUCUUCUGUGUAUAAACAGCAGUGGCUUGCUAUGCUCCGGGCAGAACAAGACAGUGAGGUGGGGCCUCAAGAAAUCAAUAAAGAAGAACUAGAGGGAAAUAGCAUGAGGUGUGGUAGAAAGCUUGCCAACGAUGGUGAAUACUGCUGGCGGUGGACAGGUUUUAACUUCGGCUUUGACCUGCUUGUAACUUACACCAAUCGAUACAUCAUUUUCAAACGCAAUACAUUGAAUCAACCAUGUAGUGGAUCUGUCAGUUUACAACCUCGAAGGAGCAUAGCAUUUAGAUUACGUUUGGCUUCUUUUGAUAGCAGUGGAAAACUAAUAUGUAGUAGAACAACUGGCUAUCAAAUACUUACACUUGAAAAGGACCAGGAACAAGUAGUGAUGAACUUGGACAGCAGGCUUCUGAUCUUCCUUUAUAUAUCUGCUGUAACUUCCUGUAUAUAUCGCCGAAAAAAGAACUGAAAAUAAUCAUCCAGAAAAAUCCAGAAACUGAGGAUCAUCAGUUUGGAAACAGUAGCACUUCGUAAACUUUUUUUGGCCAGCUUUAAUUUAAUGGCCCUGCAGAUAUUCACAUCUAAGGUGACUAACAGUGACAAAGGCCUUAUGAACUGUUCAGAUAAUACAGAAGACUAUUCUUAUCCUCAAUUACAUUUCUAUGCAUAUAUAAAAAAAACAUUUUAAAAGCCAAGAAAUAUCUGUCAAACCGUUUGUUAUAAAGAUGUCGACUCAUGCUUUUUAAUUUGGCAUCAGUAAAAUUGCCAUAGGUAAAUUUCACAUUUUUCUGCAACCAAUAUAGAGUUAAUUUUUAGCUUGAACUUUGAUCCUACCUAAUGUUAGUGAACCUCAAUUAUCCAUCUGUAAGUUUUAUUUUUAUUUGGCUAAAAGAAUGCUAAAGGAAUAAUUUGAAUGGCCAAUUAUAAAUGCUGUUUCAGUUGGUGUGUUUAAAGCUGUCCUUUAAUUUUUUCAACUGCUCUUUAUGAUUCCUCCUCCUAGUCAAAUAUUCUUCCAAUCUAUAUAUGUUUUUAAUCAUUAAAUUUUUUUUCAUGGUUUUGAAGACUGAGGAACUUUUUAUUUAACUUAAGCAUUUUCGUGCUAUUUUAUUUUGCUUUUUAUUGAUAUUUAGCUUUCCUAGGAUUUUAACAACAAAAAAAUCAGGUUCAGACUUUCAAAUGAACUUGGAUGGGGGAGAAAAUCAGUUGGAUUCUGAGGAUAUUCCUUUGCCUUACAUGGUCUUUUCUUUGACAUUCUGUACAACUCUAUUAUUAGGUCACAGAUUAUUUUUGUACCAAGUAUUACACUUUAAACAUUCUCAUAUUCUGUGAUCUUUUUAUUUAUGUUCAAAUUUUAGUUGGGAAUCCUAUUUCCUACUUAAGCUCAGGACUUUAUAACCUCUGAAUUGAGUGCCUUUGAGUUACACAUGCUAUUAGAAAUCUCAUAGUAAAUGUAAAUAAGGUCGGAGGAUAUCAUAUAGAAGCUGAUAAUAAAACAUUAAUGUACAAAUAGAACUUAUUUUUGUCAAAAAUGAGAUGUACAUUUGUCAUGAUUUAUAUGUUGGUUUCUUGUGUUUACUGCUAUUUUGAAAAUAGCCAUGCUCAUCGUCUUUCCAGUCAGAGUGAGUACUUUUUGUGGUUAAUGUAUAUUUUUAGUAUGUUUUAA